AUGCUGGCGGAGGAAAGCAGUGAUGUCACAAUAUUAGCAGUUUCUCUUUCGUUAGCUAUUAGUUUUGCGGUAUUGGCUUGUUCAAAAAGCUCUUCAAGAGCGAUAGGAGGCACACGGAGUACUAAGAAAGAAGAAAGAAGUGCCACCCAGGAACCCACUGAUAAUCCGAGGAGCGAUGAAGCAAGAAGAAACCCUGCUAAGAACGAACCAUUACCGGAUGCGUUGCGGCCAUCCAAGGAAUCCAAUGAAAAAAGGCCCAAACAUCAAAAAUCGAGCCCCAUGAAAAGUGAACCAAAAGGAAGUUCAAAGGGAGAAUCUGAAGACCGUCCUAAACAAAGCUCCAAAGAAACUGGUGAGACUCCUCGUAAAAAGUCGAUGGUCGAGAAAUUAACAAAAGAAGACGUUGAAGAUGGCACGUAUGAAGACGUGAACAUAGUGCGCAAAUAG